AUGAACAUCGAAGAAUUAGCCAAAGAGACUGACAAAGCCAAAACGCCAGCAAAAAAGAAAGGAUAUGAUGAUGUAGAAAUCAGCGACCUGUCAGACGAAGAUGAGAAGAAGAGCAAAAAAUUGGACCUAAAACCUCCAGCAGAGGUUGAAAUGAAGAAAGGAGAGAAGAAAGAGAAGAAAGAAAAGAAAGAACCGAGAACCGAAACUAAAACGCGCUCUUUCAAAUCUGAAGUUGUACAGCAGAAAACGCCGGUAUUUAAAACGGUGGAAGAGAAGGAAAAAAAUCAUGAACAUCACAAUAUUAUGUCGAUACCAAAGUACACAGGACCGAUUUCAGCUGGCUCCGGUAGCCUAGAUGUUACUUCUCUUCUCCAGUAA